AUGCAUCCCCGUGCUACUUCCUACUCUUACACUCACUCGAGGACUUCCAGCCAUGGAACCAGCAGUGCCUUCAGUCCCAAUGCCAACCCUAACGAGGACUGGACCAAGAUCUCCGAUCUGGCUGAACGUCGUCGCAUCCAAAACCGCAUUGCUCAGCGCAACUACCGCAAGAAGCUCAAGCGCCGUCUUGAAGACCUCGAGAGAAGAGCCGCUUCCUCCUCUGCUUCCCCAGAACGCUCCGAGGAACCCGAACCACCCAAGAUGAUCGUCCGCCCUCGCACCAGGGCUCGCGCUUCCAAGUCCAUGUCUGAUGUCCACUACCGCCCUACUGCUCAGCGCCCAUCCACCUACGACUACUAUGCUACUCCCGAGGAGCGCGGCAUGUUCUCACACCAGUGCACCAGACAGCUCUCCACCUCGCCCCCACCUGUCUUCUCCUACUCCUCCUACUCUCACCUGGACCCUUACGGACAAGCCAACUUUGGACAAUCGCCUGUCUACAACUCGAUCCCCAACACCUACCAAGACCUGUCGAUGCAGAACCACUACGGCGAGGUUCCCUCUCUGAUGCCACCUACUACUGGCCCAGUCAAGCGGGGAUCGGUGGGAUACGCUGAGGAGGACAUUAUUAGCCCGUUCAGCAUGGGAUUCGCCUCGAUGGCAGGCCUUGACCUGUCUCCUCUACCGCAGCCUCUGCCAGAGCCCAGUCUUCCUGUGCCAUCCUUGCAGCAGCAUGUCUACCCCGAGGAUCCGUCAUCAUCCCCGUCGCUCACAUGUCCUUUGACUCCUGAGUCGGAUCCGUGCUCUCCCCACUCUUAUCCUCGCAUCUACUGA